AUGUUAAGAAAGAACAAAAUGUUAAUUUUUAAAUAUUUUCUUAAUAUCAUUAAUGGAGCUUUCUUGGUUCUUGGUCUUUUACUCAUGGGAUUUGGUGCAUGGCUUUUAUUAGAUAGAAAUAUUUUUUUCACAGCUUUGGAUGAAAAUAAUCAUCUGAUAGCAUAUAUUUUUCAAAUUUUGAUUGGAACUGGAUCUGCUAUUGUUCUUCUUUGUCUCUUGGGUUAUUUGGGAAUUCACAGUGAAAUCAGAUGGCUCCUAAUCCUGUAUGCAGUACUGUUAAUGUGGGCCUUUGGUGUUCAGGUUGUACUUUCAGCAUUCAUCUUCACAAAGAAAAAAGAGAUUCAUCAAGUAGUGCAUGACAAAAUUGACCUUAUCAUUACUGAGUAUGGAUCUAAAGAUAUGCCUGAAGAUAUACCCAAGUGGACUAUUCUGAAUGCUUUACAGAAAACAUUACAGUGUUGUGGCCAAUACAAUUACACAGAUUGGAUAAAGAAUAAAAAUAAAGAAAAUUCAGAUCAGGUGCCAUGUUCUUGCACAAAUUCUACAUUAAGAAAGUGGUUUUGUGAUGAGCCACUGAAUGCAACUUACCUGGAGGGUUGUGAAAGUAAAAUUAACACAUGGUAUAACUCUAAUGCUCUAACAUUAACUGGAAUUAACUUUGGACUUUUGGCUUCAGAGGUUUUGCAAAUCUCAUUAACUGUUUCUUUCUUCAAACACAUGAAGAAUAGAAUAUAUGCAGAAAUGUGA